AAAAGGAAACCGGGUCAACCCAGCACCCGUUACUGACAAGUACAUCGUAUUGUUGCAGUCCUCCUGACACGAACAACAUAUACUUACACACAUACUUACAAAACAACCACCUCAACCGGACUUGCGAAAAUGAACUGGGAUCAGCUCUUUUCCUAGUUUUCUUAAGGAUUGAAUCCAGCUUUCUGUCAUCAUGUUCGAAGCGCACGUUUUGCAUCUGCUUCGAAGAUAUUUGGGUGAAUAUGUUCAUGGUCUUUCAGCAGAGGCUUUGAGGAUUAGUGUAUGGAAAGGCGAUGUGGUUCUUAAAGACUUAAAAUUGAAAGCCGAGGCCCUUAAUUCACUGCAACUUCCUCUUACCGUCAAAGCUGGAUUUAUUGGCACAAUAACGCUCAAGGUUCCUUGGAAAAGUCUCGGAAAGGAACCUGUAAUUGUGCUCAUUGAUCGUGUGUUUGUUCUUGCUCGUCCUGCACCUGAUGCGAGGUCUGUAAAGGAGGAGGAUCGAGAAAAACUUUUUGAAGCAAAGCUUCAACAGAUUGAGGAAGCUGAAUCAGCGACACUUGAAGCGAUUUCAAGAUCAAAAGUUGGAAGUCAGUCACCAGCAGGAAAUUCAUGGCUGGGUUCGUUGAUUGCUACAAUAAUUGGGAAUCUGAAGAUAACCAUUAGCAACGUACAUGUCAGAUACGAGGACUCUACAAGCAAUCCUGGACAUUCAUUUGCUUGUGGUGUUACUUUGGCAAAGCUUGCUGCGGUUACGAUGGAUGAGCAAGGAAAUGAAACGUUUGAUACCAGUGGCGCUCUAGAUAAGUUGCGAAAGUCUGUGCAAUUGGGAAGGCUUGCUAUGUACCACGAUUCCAACCAGCUCCCAUGGAGCUUGGAUAAGAAAUGGGAAGAUCUUACUCCUAGAGAUUGGACUGAGAUUUUUGAAGAUGGUAUUAAUGAAUCUGGCGAAGGUGGGGAAACAGUGUCUAAAUGGGCGCAGGAUCGCAAUUAUCUAGUUUCACCUAUCAACGGAGACCUCAAGUAUCACCGAUUAGGCAAUCAAGAGAAGAGUAAUCUUGAUGAGCCAUCAGAGAAGGUUUCUCUGAUCCUUAGUGAUGUGUCCCUAACAAUCACCGAGGCUCAGUAUCAUGAUUGGAUUAGACUCUUUGAGGUUUUCUCAAGAUACAAGGCAUAUCUCGAGGUUUCUCAUAUCAGACCAGUGGUGCCAGUUUUAGAAAACCCCAAGGCUUGGUGGCGUUAUGCUGCUCAAGCUAGUCUGCAGCAGAAGAGAAUUUGCUACAGAUUCUCUUGGGACCAGGUUCAAUCUCUGUGUCAUUUGCGUCGACGGUACAUUCAGUUGUAUGCUAGUUCUCUGCAGAAGAUGUCAAAUGUUGAUAACAAAGAAAUUAGAGACAUAGAGAAGGAUCUUGAUCCCAAAGUAAUUCUUUUGUGGAGGUUUCUUGCUCAUGCCAAAGCUGAAUCUGUAAGAUCUAAGGAAGAAGCUGAGCGGAGGUUGUCAAAAAUGAAAAGCUGGUUUUCAUUUAAUUGGCGUGCGCCUUCUGAAGACACCCUUGUAGAGGAGACUUCUGAUGCACAAAUGAUAGAGGAGAGAUUAACUAAAGAAGAAUGGCAGGCAAUUAAUAAUUUACUAAGCUACCAGCCUGAUGAGGAAUUGAAUUUUGGUUCGGGGAAGGAUAUGCAAAAUACAACACACUAUUUGAUUAACGUAUCAGUUAGUCGUGCUGCUGCCAAGAUUGUGAAUAUUAGUCAGAUAGAGAUUGUUUAUGGUAGAUUCGAGCAACUUCAUGUGUCCACGAAAUUAAAGCAUCGAAGUACUCAUUGUGAUUUGACACUGAAAUAUUAUGGCGUGUCUGCACCAGAAGGUUCACUUGCCCAGAGUGGUUAUGAUGAGCAGAAUUUGAAUGCAUUAGCUGCUACCUUUGUGUACUUACCGAUUGGGGAAAAUGUUGAUUGGCGGCUUUCAGCAACAAUUACCCCUUGCCAUGCCACAGUUUACAUGGAAAGUUAUGAUCGUUUUUUUGAAUUUUUGAAAAGAAGUAAAGCCAUUAGCCCGACAAUUGCAUUGGAAACUGCCGCUGCUCUGCAGAAUAAGAUUGAGGAGGUGACUCGUAGGGCUCAGGAGCAGAUUCAAAUGGUGCUAGAGGAGCAGAGCAGGUUUGCCCUUGAUAUCGAUCUUCAUGCUCCGAAAGUUAGGAUCCCUAUCAGAACCGGCGCCUCUUCCACAUACGAUAGCCAAUUUCUUCUGGAUUUUGGUCAUUUUACGUUGCACACUAAGGAGACGAAUCCUGUUGAUGAGGGCCAGAGUCUGUAUUCUCGUUUUUACAUAUCUGGAAGGGAUAUAGCUGCUAGUUUUACAGAUUGCGGCUCUGACAGUCAGAGCAAUAUUCUGUCAUCAUCAAGUUCUGAUAGCCAACUCUCUUUGUUUCCAGAUGCUGUUAACUUCUACUCUAUCAUUGAUAGAUGUGGAAUGUCUGUAAUUGUUGAUCAGAUUAAAGUACCUCAUCCAGAUUACCCGUCAACUCGUGUUUCCGUACAAGUACCUAUCCUUGGCAUUCACUUUUCACCAGUCAGAUAUUCCCGACUUAUGAAGCUGUUGAACAUAAUCAAUGGAACAAUUCAAAAUGCUUCUCAGCCUGUUGGUGGAGAUUUCCAAGCUGACCUGGCACCGUGGAAUCCCCCAGAUCUUUCAGCUGAGGCUCAAAUUCUUGUCUGGAAGGGAAUUGGCUAUUCUGUUGCCUCUUGGCAGCCCUGUUUCCUUGUGCUGUCUGGAUUUCAUCUGUACGUAUUGGAGUCUGAAAGAUCCCAGAGUUACUCUAGGUGCUCAAGCAUGGCUAGUAAACAUGUAUUUGAAGUUCCUCCAACCAACGUUGGCGGUUUAGCAUCUUGUAUUGGUGUUUGUGCUAGAGGCAUCGAUAGCCAGAAGGCUCUGGAGUCUUUCAGUACGCUAAUAAUAAAAUUUCGGGACGAGGAGAAGGCUUCCUGGUUAAGGGGUCUCAUACGUGCAACAUAUCGAGCUUCUGCAACUCCUUCUGUUGACGUACUUGGACAACAUGAUGACACAGUGUUCCCCGGAAGUCGACCGAUUAACAUGAAAACAGCCGACCUUGUUGUUAAUGGAACAUUAAUAGAAACAAAGCUAUCAGUUUAUGGAAAGGCUGGAGAUGAGGCCCCUGUAAAGUUUAAAGAGACAAUAAUUCUGGAGGUUCUUGCCGGAGGAGGAAAGGUACAUGUUGUUCGUUGUGAAGGUGACCUAACUGUGAAGGUGAAGCUGCAUUCUUUAAAAAUAAAAGAUGAACUACAAGCUACAUCAAAUUUAUCUCCACAAUAUUUAGCUUGCUCUGUCCAGAAGGAUGACAAUUCCCUUAAUUCCCCAAGUAGCAUAGAGCCUCAAGGGAAUGAGCUAUUGCCAACUGAGGAUGACGACAUUUUUAAGGAUGCCUUGCCUGAUUUUCUAUCUCUCUCUGAUUCCGCUGAGGCGAUAAUAAGUGAAAAGGAUACUACAGUAGGCAGAACUAAUUCUGCCGAUGUAUUUUACGAGGCUGAGGAUGUUGAAGAUUCUCAUUUUGUUUCACUUAUAUUUUUGACCAGGAGUACUAGUUCUCCUGAUUAUGACGGUGUUGAUUCACAGAUGAUUGUUAGUAUGUCAAAACUGGAGUUCUACUUUAACAGACCCACACUUGUUGCUUUGAUUGGUUUUGGCCUUGAUCUGAGUGCUGCAAAUAGUGAAUCAACUGUAACAGAUGAAGAUAAGAAUGUGAAUAAAGAAUUAUCAGAGAACAAACUGAAGACAGAAGAAAGUGACAACGCGUCUGUUAAAGGGUUACUGGGAUAUGGGAAAGGUCGUGCUGUAUUUUAUUUGAUUAUGAAUGUUGACAGUGUUACUGUUUAUCUUAAUAAGGAGGACGGUUCUCAGUUGGCCAUGUUUGUCCAAGAAAGUUUUGUUUUGGACCUCAAGGUUCACCCCAGUUCCAUAUCCAUUGAAGGCACAUUAGGAAAUUUAAGAUUGUGCGAUCUUUCGCUGGGCAGUGAUCACUAUUGGGCUUGGCUUUGUGAUAUACGCAAUCAAGGGGCUGAAUCACUUAUCCAGUUUAAAUUUCAUUCUUAUAGUGCUGAGGAUGAUGAUUAUGAAGGAUAUGAUUAUAGUUUGCAGUGCCGUCUUUCUGCAGUUCGAAUUGUUAUACUUUAUAGGUUCGUCCAAGAGAUAAGUGCCUAUUUUAUGGGACUUGCAACUCCACAUACAGAAGAAGUUGUUAAAUAUGUGGAUAAGGUUGGUGGGUUUGAGUGGUUGAUUGAAAAGAAUGAGAUUGAUGGAGGCUCUGCUUUGAAGCUGGACCUUUCACUGGACACUCCUAUAAUUAUUGUACCAAGGAAUUCUAUGAGCAAAGAUUUCAUACAACUUGAUCUAGGCAACCUGAAGGUCAGGAAUGAAUUUAGCUGGCAUGGCUACCCUGAGAAUGAUCCUUCAGCUGUCCAUCUUGACAUCCUUGACGCUGAGAUAAUAGGAAUCAAUAUGGCUGUGGGAAUCGAUGGUUGCUUAGGUAAACCCAUGAUACGAGACGGCCAGGAUAUUCAUAUUUAUGUGAGGCGCAGUCUAAGGGAUGUCUUUCGGAAGGUUCCAACUCUCGCUUUGGAAGUAAAGGUGGGUUUAUUACAUUGUGUAAUGUCUGAUAAAGAAUACACCAUCAUUCUCGAUUGUUUCUCAAAGAAUAUGAAUGAAGAACCAAAUCUACCUCCAAGUUUUCGUGACAACAUUACUAGCUCAAAAGAGACCAUACGGUUGCUGGCCGAUAAGGUCAACGCAAAUAGUCAAAGUAUUUUGUCACGUACUGUUACCAUAAUGGCCGUGGAAGUAGAAUAUGCAUUGCUUGAAUUAUGUAACGGCAUCCAUGAGGAGUCCCCUUUGGCCCAAAUAAUUUUAGAAGGACUUUGGGUAUCAUACAGAAUGACUUCAUUGUCUGAAGCAGAUCUUUAUGUAACCAUACCUAGAUUUUCUAUUCUGGAUAUACGUCCAGAUACAAAACCGGAAAUGCGGCUGAUGCUUGGAUCGUGUAAUGAUGUUUCAAAACAGUCUUCAGUGGGAAGUUUGCCAUUCUCCAUCGGCUUUAAAAGAUUUGACUCCAAAACUUCAGUCAGCUUGAAUAUACCCAACUCAACCAUGUUCGUGAUGGAUUAUAGAUGGCGAUUAUCUUCCCAGUUGUUUGUUAUUCGUGUUCAGCAGCCUCGAGUCCUUGUUGUUCCAGAUUUCCUUAUUGCUGUUGGUGAGUUUUUAGUUCCGGGUCUGGGAGCUAUAACUGGCAGGGAGGAAUUGAUGGAUCCUAAGAACGAUCCCAUUGGUAAAAAAAAUGGUAUAGUAUUGUUGGAUCCACUUUACAAACAGAAAGAGGAUGUAGUACAACUUUCUGCAAAUUCACGGCUUAUUGCCGAUGCAUCAGCGGUUGAUGACUAUACAUAUGAUGGUUGUGGGAAAAUUAUACGUUUAGUUGAAGAAGCUGAAACCAAGGAACUCCCCUCAAAUGGUUUUUGGCCUAUUAUUAUUAUAGGACGGGGGAAGAGUUUGCGUUUUGUAAAUGUGAAAAUUGAGAAUGGUUUCUUAUUGAGGAAGUAUACAUAUUUGAGUAAUGAAAGCAGCUACUCUGUCUCCACUGAAGAUGGUGUUGAAAUUUCAUUUCUUGAAAAUAAUUUGUCCGAUGAUAUUAAAAGGAGUACAGACAACAUGAAAGAAUUGUUGCUUACCUCUAAUACUUCUGACAAUAUCAAAAGUGACUCGAGCAACAUCCAGAGUUUCAGUUUCGAGGCCCAGGUGGUUUCUCCAGAGUUCACAUUCUAUGACAGCAGAAAGUCUUCUUUGGAUGAUUCCACACAUGGAGAAAAGCUUCUGCGAGCAAAACUUGACUUCAGCUUCAUGUUUGCAUCGAAGGAAAAUGAUAUUUGGAUUAGAGCCCUUUUUAAAGAUCUAACUAUGGAGGCUGGUUCUGGUCUUAUUAUUCUAGAUCCAGUGGACAUUUCUGGAGGAUAUACAUCUGUAAAAGAUAAAACAAAUAUAUCUGUGAUAUCUACUGACAUAUAUAUCCAUCUUUCUUUAAGUGUUAUGUCCCUUGUUCUUAACCUUCAAAGUCAAGCAGCUGGAGCAUUUCAAUAUGGAAAUUCUGAUCUUUUGUCGCCAUGUACUCACUUUGAUCGACUGUGGGUGUCGCAAAAAGAAAAUGGACGCCUUAAUAAUCUUACCUUUUGGAGGCCUCGAGCUCCCUUAAACUAUGUUGUAUUGGGUGAUUGUGUGACAUCGAGGCCAAUUCCUCCUUCGUAUACAGUAAUGGCUGUGAGCAGUACAUAUGGACGUGUAAGAAAACCUCUGAGGUUUGAGCUCAUAGGAUUAUUCUCUGCCAUCCAAGGAUAUGAAGACUUGGAGGGAAAUUCCACUACUAGGGACUGCUCAAUCUGGAAACCGAUCCCACCACAAGGAUAUACGGCGUUAGGAUGUGUUGCACAUGUAGGAAGCCAACCACCACCUACUCACAUUGUCCACUGUGUCCGUUCUGAUCUUGUAACAUCAACUAGGUAUUCCGAGUGUAUAUUCUAUACAUCAGAAAAUCAGUCCUUCUCGUCUGGAUUUAGCAUCUGGCUUUUGGACAAUGUUGCUGGAUCCUUCUAUGCUCAUCCUUCAACUAGUUGCCCUCCCAUCAAAAUUUGUCUUGACCUAAAUCAUCUGGUUCUAAUUAAUUCAAGUCGAUCACAUUUUGCUUUCGAGAGUCCCAGCUCCAGUUUGGAUUCUAGACGUGAAAAUGAAUAUGGGGAACCAAAUUCUCAGAGUGCUAAUUUAUCUGGAUGGGAUGUAGUCAGAUCAAUUUCAAAAGCUACUAAUUAUUAUAUUUCAACUCCCAACUUUGAGAGGAUCUGGUGGGACAAGGGUGGUGAUAUUCGCCGACCAGUUUCUAUCUGGCGACCUGUGCCACGUCCCGGUUAUGCCAUUCUUGGUGACUGCAUAAUUGAAGGUUUAGAACCACCUGCUCUGGGUAUAAUUUGCAAGGCUGACAACCCUGAGAUAUCUGCAAAGCCGGUUCAAUUCACUCAAGUAGCUCAUAUUGCAAGGAAAGGUGUGGAUGAUGCUUUUUUCUGGUACCCUAUUGCUCCCCCUGGCUAUGCUUCGCUCGGAUGCAUCGUCUCACGAACAGAUGAAGCACCCGCUCUGGAAUCAUUUUGUUGUCCGAGAAUGGAUCUUGUUAGCCAAGCCAACAUCCUUGAGGGCCCUCUAUCACGAUCUUCAAGUUCAAGAGGAUCUCAGUGCUGGAGUUUAUGGAAAGUGGAUAAUCAGGCUUACACUUUCCUUGCACGCUCUGACUUGAAAAGGCCUGCAACCCGGCUAGCUUUCACUUUUGGUGAUUCUGUUAAACCUAAGACACGAGACAACAUAACUGCUGAGAUGAAAUUGAGAUGUUUGUCUGUGACAAUUUUAGACAGCUUAUGUGGAACGAUGACACCACUCUUUGAUGUUACAAUUUCUAAUCUGAAGCUUGCAACUCAUGGCCGACUAGAGGCAUUGAAUGCUGUACUGAUUUCGUCAGCUGCCGCAUCAACAUUUAACACGCAUUUAGAAGCAUGGGAGCCACUAGUGGAGCCGUUCGAUGGAAUAUUCAAGUUUGAAACAUAUGAUGCAGACGCACAUCCAACAUCAAAAUUUGGUAAAAGAGCGCGUGUUGCCGCAACCAGUACAUUGAAUAUAAAUCUCAGUACAGCAAAUCUCAAUAUGUUUUUGGAAUCCGUGAUUUCAUGGAGAAGACAACGAGAAUUUGAACAAAAAGCAAUUCAACUAAAUGAGGAACAUCAUGGCCAUGCAGAUGAUUCAAAUUUCUCCGCAUUAGAUGAGGAAGAUCUCCAAACUGUUACAAUAGAAAAUAAACUUGGUUGUGAUAUUUAUUUGAAGAAAGCUGAGCAGGAUUCAAAUGCAGUAGGACUACUGCAUCAUAAUGACCAUUCUUCUUUGUGGAUUCCACCUCCAAGGUACACUGACAGGUUAAAUGUUGCAGAAACAAGGGAAUCACACCGUUAUGUCGCUGUGCAAAUAAUUAAAGCGAAGGCUUUACCUAUUGUUGAUGAUGGAAACAGUCACAAAUUUUUCUGUGCAUUGCGCCUAGUUGUUGAUAGUCAAGAGACAUAUCAGCAAAAACUAUUUCCUCAGAGUGCAAGGACAAGAUGUGUUAGGCCCCUAGUCUCGGUAAGCAAUGGUGUAGAUGAGGGCACUGCCUGCUGGAAUGAACUCUUUAUAUUUGAAGUUCCUAGGAAGGGUGGCGCUAAGUUAGAAGUGGAGGUGACAAACCUAGCUGCAAAAGCAGGAAAAGGUGAAGUUGUGGGUGCAUCCUCGUUUUCUGUUGGACAUGGUGCAAACCCUCUAAAGAAGGUGGCUUCAGUUAAAAUGUUGCAUCAAGCAUCCGAAGUCCAAAAUAUUGCAGCUUAUCCGCUGAGAAGAACUGUUUUAUCUGGCAGUGAUGAUAACCAUUCUCAGAGUAGCCUUGUGGUUUCGACCUCUUAUUUUGAAAGAAAAUUAGUUGCUAAUGUUCUUAGUGAGGUGGAAGAAGGAAACGAUGUUGAUAGAGAUAUUGGUUUCUGGGUAGGCCUUUCCCCUAAAGGUUCAUGGGAGAGUUUCCGAUCGUUCCUUCCAUUAUCUGUAAUUACUAAAACUUUGAACGGUGAUUAUAUUGCUGUUGAUGUGAUUAUGAAAAAUGGCAAGAAACAUGCAGUUUUAAGGGGUCUGGUAACAGUUAUUAAUGAUUCUGAUGUGAAAUUGGAAGUGACCACUUGUCAUGCAUCAGUGAUUCAUACUAGCAAUCUGUCAGCAGAAAAUGUUGUGGAUGCUCUGAAUCCUGGUUCUUCUUGUAUCUUGCCCUGGAAAAGUGCUUUAAGAGGUUCUGAUUCCUGUUUACUUGUUCGUCCAUGCACUGAUGAUGCUCACCCGCCCUAUUCGUGGGGACAUCUUGUUAAUAUUGGGCAUUCCGGGGGGAAAGAACAGUCCAUUGAUCAAGGUUCUUUUUCCCGACAAAAUACCUUGAAGCAUAGGAAUCAUAUGCCUACUUCAUUCAAGCUCAGCCAACUUGAGAAGACUGAUGUUUUCUUCUGUUCGAGUAGCCCUGAUAGAGAUCAGUUUUGGCUUAGUGUCUGCACAGAUGCAUCAGCGCUUCAUACAGAGCUUAAUGCCCCCGUAUAUGAUUGGAGAAUCUCUAUCAACUCUCCUUUGAAGUUGGAAAACCGACUUCCUUGUCCAGCAAGAUUCAUUGUCUGGGAAAAAUUAAAAAACGGGAACAAUAUUGAACGACAACGAGGCUUUAUGUCAUCUCGUGAAACUGUAAACAUACAUUCGGCUGAUGUUCAAAAUCUGAUAUAUGUUACAUUGUUUAUACAGGGAGGGUGGUGUUUGGAAAAGGACCCUGUUCUUAUAUUGGACCUCUCAUCUAAUAAUCAUGUCUCAUCAUUUUGGAUGGUUCGCCAGCAAAGCAGGAGACUGCGUGUGAGCAUAGAGCGUGACACUGGAGGAACUAUAGCUGCUCCAAAAACUGUAAGAUUUUUUGUCCCAUACUGGAUUAGUAAUGAGUCUUCUCUGCCUUUAGCAUAUCAAGUGGUGGAAAUAGAACCUUUGGAGGCUUCAGAUGCGAAUUCCCUUCAGAGAUCGAAAACAGGUAGAUUUGGAACAACCUCAAUGAGAAUUCCUAGUAUCUCUGCGGACAGGAAUUAUUUUGGCUCGAGGAAAAACCUGCAAGUUCUAGAAGUGAUUGAAGACACUAGUCCAACAGCUAGUAUGCUCUCUCCACAAGAUUAUGUGGGCCGUGGUGGUGUUAUGCUGUUUUCAUCUCGUAAUGAUGGUUAUUUAUCUCCUCGAGUGGGAAUCGCUGUUUCCAUACGAGAUUCUGAAAAUUAUAGUCCUGGAAUAUCUCUUCUUGAUCUGGAGAAAAAGCAAAGAGUUGAUGUCAAGGCUUUUAACUCAGAUGGAUCGUACUACAAUCUUUCAGCUGUGUUACAAAUGUCGUCAGAUAGAACAAAGGUUAUUCAUUUUCAGCAACAAACCUUGUUCGUUAAUAGGGUUGGGUGCAGUCUCUGUCUUCAGCAGUGUGAUACUCAGUCAUUGGAAUGGAUACAUCCGACUGAUCCUCCACUACAGUUGCGAUGGCAGUCCCUUGGAAGAGCUGAGAUGUUGAGAUUGCGAAUGGAUGGACAUAGCUGGAGUACGCCUUUUAGUGUUGGAACUGAAGGUGUUAUCUGUAUUUCUUUGACCAGAAAUCCUGCAAGUGCUCCAACGCAAUUAAGAGUAGAAGUUAGAAGUGGUACAAUGAGCUCACGCUGUGAAGUUAUUUUUCGUCCCAAUUCAUUUUCAAGUCCUUACAGGAUUGAGAAUCAUUCUUUAUUUUUGCCGAUUCGUUUCCAGCAAGUGGAUGGUGCCAGCAAUUCAUGGCAGUCCCUACUUCCCAAUGCAUCUGCUUCUUUUUCGUGGGAAGAUCUAGGCAGACCUCGACAAUUGGAACUCUUGGUAGAUGGUGAUGACCGUUCAAAAUCACUAAAGUACAGUAUUGAUGAGGUAGCUGAUCAUCAGCCUGUAUUUGUGAAUGAUGAACCUACAAGAGUUCUACGUAUUAACAUUCUGAGAGAGGAUAAAGUUAAUGUUAUAAAGAUCAGUGACUGGAAGCCGGAGAAUGAACUUCAACCAGAUAUAAGUAGAAGCAGCUCUUUUUCUUCAAUCCCAGUUUCUGAAAAUGAUGUUACACUUCAACAAUCAACUUCAAAUAGUGAAUUUCAUGUUAUUUUCGAGAUUUCUGAGCUCGGGCUAUCCAUUAUUGAUCAUACACCUGAGGAGAUAUUAUAUCUUUCCCUGCAGAGUCUUCUGUUGUCAUAUUCAACUGGCUUAGGUUCUGGGAUCACAAGGUUGAAAUUAAGAAUGCGGGGAAUUCAGGUGGAUAAUCAGUUGCCUUUAACUCCAACGCCUGUUCUGUUUAGACCACAGAGAGUCGGGGAUGAGACUGAUUACAUCCUCAAAUUUUCGAUUACGCAGCAAUCCAAUGGAUCACUUGAUUUAUGUGUGUAUCCAUAUAUUGGCUUUCAAGGACCCGAGAAUUCUGCAUUUUUGAUUAACGUCCAUGAACCAAUAAUUUGGCGCAUUCAUGGGAUGAUUCAGCAGAUCAACUUAAGCAGAUUGUCGGAAACUGAAAGCACUGCGGUUUCAGUUGAUCCCAUCUUUCAAAUCGGUGUUUUCAAUGUCUCCGAAGUUCGCUUCAAAGUCUCCAUGGCUAUGUCACCAACUCAGCGACCAGUUGGUGUUCUUGGGUUUUGGGCAUCCUUGAUGACUGCACUUGGAAACACUGAGAAUAUGCCAAUUCGAUUAAAUCAAAGGUUCCAGGAGAAUAUACGCACAAGGCAAAGCGUACUCAUGAGUAACGCUAUUGCGAAUAUCAAGAAAGAUAUUCUUGGUCAGCCUCUUCAACUGCUCUCAGGUGUUGACAUACUGGGCAAUGCCAGUAGUGCACUUGGGCAUAUGAGCAAAGGUGUUGCAGCUCUAUCAAUGGAUAAGAAAUUUAUUCAAAGUCGGCAGAGACAAGAUAGCAAAGGUGUGGAGGACUUUGGCGAUGUUAUAAGAGAUGGGGGUGGAGCUCUAGCAAAGGGAUUUUUCCGAGGAUUUACCGGAAUUGUUACUAAACCUCUUGAAGGAGCCAAAGCAUCUGGAGUAGAGGGCUUUGUUCAAGGUGUUGGAAAAGGUAUAAUAGGUGCCGCUGCGCAACCUGUCAGUGGAGUUCUGGAUCUUUUGUCAAAAACCACUGAAGGUGCAAAUGCUAUGAGAAUCAAAAUUGCGUCUGCUAUUGCGUCAGAAGAUCAACUCCUUCGCAGGAGGCUUCCCCGAGUAAUUGGUGGCGAUAAUUUGCUAAGACCAUAUGAUUUGUACAAAGCUCAGGGACAGGUGAUACUGCAACUAGCAGAAUCUGUAUCGUUCUUCCGGCAAGUUGACUUGUUCAAAGUGCGUGGGAAGUUUGCCUUGUCGGAUGCAUAUGAAGAUCAUUUUUUGCUCCCUAAAGCAAAAUAUCUUCUUGUCACUCAUAGAAGGAUUAUACUUUUGCAACAAGCAUCCAGCAUUAUCGGGCAUAAGAAGUUUAACCCAGUCAGAGAUCCAUGCUCUGUUUUGUGGGAUGUAUUGUGGGAUGACCUGAUGACAAUGGAAUUAACUCAUGGAAAGAAAGAUCGGCCAGAUUCAAUACCUUCACGGAUUAUUCUUUACUUACAAGCUCGAUCUGUAGAUACUAAGGAUCAAGUUCGCAUUAUAAAGUGCAACCGUGAUUCUAAUCAAGCCUUUGAAGUUUAUACUUCGAUUGAGGAAGCUAUGAAUACUUAUGGGCCAAACCAGGCAAAGGACUUGCUGAGAAGGACUGCUGCCAAACCAUACUCAGCCAUUGUUGAUUCUGCUAAGGCCGAAGCUAUCCCCAGAGAUAACUUUUACUUCUCAUCUCCCCAGCAGAUGCCUUCACCUAUUUCUCACAGCUCAACUUUUGGCACUAAUGCAAAUUAGUUGUGAAAGAAAUAUUAUGGCGUGAUCUUAGAUAAAGUUUGAGUUGUAUUUGUCAAGAUGGCUAUCAGUACAAAUGAUUGAGAAAUUUUGCAUGACAAGUGAGCAGUCGCUAAGCUGCUGACCCUUUGGAGACAAACUACAUUCCAUGUGUUUCUGGAGAGCAGUUUUGAGCACUAACCCGAAAGACAAGGGAAAGGGUGCGACAGAGCACCGCGAUCAAGUCCGAUGACAUCGAGUAGUUGUACAUACCUGCAUACAUAUAUAGAAUUGUAUAUAUAUAUUUUAAUUAAUAGAACUUCAGCAGUAGUUCAGGGAAAAUGUAUAUAUGACAUGUAGCAUAUAUUUUCACUGGCAGGUCCUUUUCCAAGUUUUAAAAGAGGCCAGUAUAAGUAGCUAAUAUAUUAUAGAUGUAGAAGCAGCUGGACUACUUUGAGGUGAAGAGGGCUCCUGCAUAUUGUUGGGACUCAAUAGUCCUCGUAGACCAACACAUUUUAUACAGCUCAAUAUAUUCAUGAUGAUGUAUUACACUAUUAUUAAGAUGAAAAAUAAAUAAGCUUUGGUGAUUUA